AUGUCUCAAAACGACUUCAAGACCGUCUUCACGCCUCUUCCUCGCCUGAAAGGUGAAUCCAACUGGAACACAUGGCGCAUGCUUGUUACAGCGACCCUGCGAGGAUACGACUUCGAGAUAUUCCUCGAGACUGACGUCCCUCGCCCUGCUGACCCUAUCGCUGCAGAGGAAUGGAGAAAGAACCGUAACGUCACGAAUGGUCUCCUCAUGAACGCCAGCGAAUCGGUUCUUGACAGACUCUGCACAGCGGGUUGGGUUGACGAUGGAAACCCUUACGAAUUGUGGCAGGCGCUCGAGAAGCACAUUCCGAGAAUCUCACAAGACGCCACAGCUGCCCUUGUUGACGAGUUUGCCAAGACCACCGCCAACGAUCACAAGACUCUUCACGAUGCCCUCAAUCGCUGUCACCACCUCAGAAAGCGUAUUGAGACCAUUCACGGUCGUCUGCCAGACUCCUUCCUCGCUGUUUUCCUCCUUAACUUCUUUAAGGACCGACUUCCCGAUACGUACAAGCAUUUCACAUCGAAGGGCGCCACCCAUCCCACGUGGAAUGAGGUGGCUGAUACGAUUUACACGCUUGCCCAAGACGAGGAUCAAAAGCGCAGUUAUGCCACUAUUCGCAACACACCUGGAGGCAAGUCUGCUGGCAGUGGGGGUCCUGCCUCUCCAGCCGUCACCACCACCGUCACCUCCACUGUCACUGCCUCCAAGGAAAAGAAGAAGUGCGACCACUGCAACUGUGAUCACGAGACCACAAAGUGCUAUGUCGCCCACCCCAAUCUCAUCCCUCUACACUACGUCAACCGGGAUAAGUUGAUUGAAAAAGCGAGAAAGCACGUGUGUGGCGAUCGCUGCCGCUGGGAUCAGCCUACUUCUGUUGAUGGCACCCGCCAGACUGUUGUCAGAGCGUCACCUGCCAUCUUGGGUCAGUCUGCCCUUGCCUCCAUCGCCAGCCCAGCAGUUUUCACUGCUGCCCGCGAUGACCUCAUCACCCGAGACGAUAUCGUUCUCGAUUCUGGUUGUACUACUUCAACCUUCAACAACUUGCGAUAUUUCGUCAAGUACGCUGAAAAGAGCGAUUUGACACCUUCCACUUCUGCCUCCGGCGCCCCAGUCCGGUCACUUGGCGUGGGCACCGUCUUCUUCCAGACCCAAGACCCCACCAACCCUGACGUUAUUCACGAUUGGACACUUCACAACGUUGAGUACAACCCUUCCAGCCCAGCCAACUUACUGAGCCCUGGAAAACUUCGUCGUGAUCACGUGGAAUAUGAUUGGCAGACCUCAAGCCUCAUACACGUGACACAGCGCACUUCCCUUGCCAAAGUUCAUUGGGUUUCUGACGUCUGCGUCGUUGAGACUCAUGAUACUGGAAAUCACGUGCCUCGAGAUAUUGCUAUCAGCCUCGCCGCCUUCCGGGCUACCCAGCGACCGUCUCUUGAACUGAUGCACCGCCGGCUGGUUCACGCCCACCCAUCACGUGUUGUGGAGGCUUGCCGCCGUGUUGGCAUUCGGUUCACAACGUCAGAAAUUGACGCUUUCUUCUGUGAGUCUUGCCAUCUCAGCAAAUCCACUGAACGGAUUAGUCGAGACCACCCACUUCCACUUACGAGUAUUGGCGAUGAAAUUCACCUUGAUCUCGUUGGUGUUCUUCCCCUAUCAACAAAAGGGAACCGUCAGGUUCUACACCUCAUGGAUAAGUAUAGUGGUUACCACUGGGUUGUUUUUCUGCCCAACCACAAGUUUGCCACCAUCCUGGCAGCUAUCAAGAAAUGGGAUACUGAAUUCUACAGUCUCACCGGCCUCAAGCCCAAGGUUUGGGUUUCUGACAAUGCUCCCGAGCUAAUCAAGGUUUUCAACGACCCCUACUUCGAGGGUACUCGCCACAACACGACUAUUGCCUACACGCCUUCCAUGAACGGUACUAUUGAGCGUGCUGGUCGUACCAUCGUCGAAGGCGCCCGGACACAGCUGAUUGACAUGUCCCUUCCAGAGGAACUGUGGGAUUACAGCAUCGAUUCGGUGACUCAGAUUCUCAACCUCUUGCCCACACCCUCCAAGGGUAACUUGAGCCCUCACGAGAUCAUGGCGAGAGAGCUGAACUUGGCUGCUGAACGUGAGGCCCCCCACAUUGAACAUCUCCGAACGUUUGGCUGUGCUGCCUACGUACACAAGAAGGGCCCUCGACGCCCUAUGCGCUCUGCCAAGAUGGAACCACGAGCAAUCAAGGGAUUCCUCGUCGGUUACGGUUCUCUUCGUGGCCACAUUUACUACGUUUACCUGCCUGAUCGAAAGGAGGUUAUUCGCUGCAGAGAUGUUCGAUUUCGUGAGGAACCGCACAAGACAGUGUUGCCUCCAACUACUGGCACACCCAACAUUGAUGAAAUUGAACAUGAUGCUGCGUUUGUCGAACCAGAUAUCAUCAUCCAGUACACCAUCCGUCAGAAGCCUAUUGAAGGUGAAAAACCCGUGACUGGUGAUCCCAAACCAGAUGAGACCAUCGUUGAAAAAGCGAUGGCACCCACUGAUACACAUCUCAUGUCUCCGCCACCAGAGAACCUGUUGGAGACCACUGCUACACCUCGUGACAGCAUUACUAACGAAUUGAAUGAUGACGAAUUCGUCGCUUCCGUGGAAACAAUGGAAACUGAUCACCAGGACCCUGAUUCCCUCUCCACGAUUGUUGAGGAAGCAACGAGUCAACCGGCAGAGUCCUCUCGACCUCGCCGCGCCUCAGCCCAGCGACCACCUGGUCACUACCGAGCCGCCAGUGGCGUACGCUCCUAUGCUAAAAAGACUUUUCUAUCUGCUGACAUUCCAGCUUCACUAACUUCUCGUCAAUUCUCUCCCAGCGUGCUUUCUGCUACUGCCCUUUCGAAAGUCCUACCCGACGGCGUGGUGAUCCCGAAGUCCUACCGUGAGGCGCAGAAGAGCCCACAGUGGCCCCAGUGGGAACAAGCCUUCGAACGAGAGAUGACUCAAUUCACGGAAAAGGGGGUUUACGAAGUCGUUUACCCACCACGUGACGCUAAAGUCCUGCCCGGCAAGUGGGUAUGUGACAUCAAAACCAACAAAAACAACGAAAUCGUGCGCUACAAGGCCCGAUAUGUGGUUUGUGGAAACCACGAGAAAGGUGACUGGUCAUCGCAAGAGGUUUACGCUGCAGUUGCCUCUGCCACCGCAACCCGCCUUUUCUUCGCAGUUGUCGCACUUCUCGAUCUUGAAUACGAAGUAUAUGAUUUCGACACUGCUUUCCUAGCCGCCUCGAUUCCAGAGGGGGUUAAGGUGUACGUCCGGCCCCCCGCUGGCUACGCCACUGCAGACAACAAGGUUUGGCUGCUCCACAAGGCACUCUAUGGAUUGAGAAAAUCACCACUUUGGUGGUUUCGACUUAUCAAGGGUGAAAUGGAACGAAUUGGCUUCACUGCUGUUGAUGGGGAGGUUUGUCUCUUCGUCAAUCACAAGAUUAAAGCGUACGUUCUUAUGUACGUCGACGACAACGCCAUCGCCGCUCCCAACAAGCAAGUCAUGAUGGAAGUUCGUCGUCUCCUCGAGAAGGUCUGUUCUCUUAAAGACCUCGGCGAGGCUACCGAUUUUCUCGGUUUCCAGAUUGAACGCGACAGAGCUGCCGGUAAGAUUUUCGUUUCCCAAGCCAAGUACGCAAAAGCAGUGCUUCAACGAUUCGACUUUGAUGGUUUGAGUGCUGUCAAGACGCCUAUGGCGACCACUGACGAUCUGCCCGUCACCUGGGACAAGAACGAGUGCUCGCUUGACGAACAACAACUUUACAUCGAACAAACCGGCUGCCUUAACUUCCUGGUGGCUGGAACUCGCGUUGACAUGGCCUACACCGUCAGUAAAUUGUCACAGGCGAAUUCAGGGCCUUCUAAGGCCCAUCUUCGUGCUAUUAAGCACUUAUUCCGAUACCUCAAGGGCACCGUUUAUCUCGGUAUUGUACUUGGAGGCAUCCCCACGAUCAACGAGUUGGGGCUCUACGCUGCUGCAGAUGCCUCUUUCGCUGACAACAAGCCAUCACGAGUCUCGACAGGUGGUUACGUCGUCUUCCUCGCUGGUGCGCCGAUUGCUUGGAAGUCAAAGAAACAGACUUUCGUGACUUUGAGCACCACGGAGGCUGAAUUCAUCAAUCUCACACCUACGGCAAUUGCUGUGAAGUGGAUCAGACGUUGCCUCUCCCAACUGCUCGGCAAACCCAUCACCACGCCUACUAUCAUGUUCACUGACAGUGCCAACGGCUACGACAACGUCAUGAACCCACUCAACGAGGCACGAACCCGCCACAUCGAUGUCCGAUACAAAUGGAUCAUACAGGAGGUUCACACUGCGAAAAGCAUCGAACUCCGACUCAUCAAGGGCGCUGAUAUGGCCGCCGAUGGACUCACGAAGCCACUGGUUGCGGUCAAACACAAGGAAUUCGUUCGUUUGUUGGGCAUGGCGGAGGGAUUGGAUUGA